AGGACGCAAUGAACCAACUGUAGAGGGAACAGGAAGAUCACUUUAAAAUCAGAAGACGAGAUCACUCAACAAACUAGUGACCACACACAUUACAAUUUAGUCUAAUGUUAAUACGAAACUUCCAAAGUCUAUCUGUCGUCUGCUACACAUUAGGAUUGUUGGUGAUAUCAGAGGGCUCCAUAUUCGUGCCACCCGAACAUACUGGCGGAAAUUUUGUGUUUGAUCUUGUAGAUGUGAACGGGAGUCCGACACAGAAUGGUACAGGAAUUCUGGUAGCUAGAGACCCUACACACGACGGGCCUCCAGGAACGGUAUGUGAUGACGGGUUUACACAUAUAUCUGCUACUGUUAUCUGCAAAGAAAUGGGCUACACCUGCGCAGAAUAUUGGGGAACAGGUACGCCGAGUCCCUACUUGGAGUCUUUGGACAUAGUAAUAGAUAACAUGCAGUGUUUAGAUGUGAACCAGCCCUUCUCCAACUGCAGCUAUAAUUCGGACCACAACUGUGGACAUAACGAGGACAUAACACUAAGAUGCGAUAGGUUAUGUCAGUUUGAUUUUAAACUAGUGGACAGUACUGGUGCACUUUCUACCAACAACUCGGGACUACUGGUCGCUACUAAAUUAGGCACCGGCAAGAACGGGACAGUGUGUGACGAUAAUUUCGGUGGGGAGGCAGCACUAGUGAUAUGUCGGGCCAUGGGCCAUUCUUGUGCGGCUAGCUGGGCCAAGAGGACCGAGUGGCCCCUUCAGAGUAGCAUGGACAUCCUGCUGGACGAUGUGACGUGCAAUGUGGGAGCGCCCAACUCUAGCUUCACCGAGAGUUGCUCUUGGAAAAUAGUCAACAAUUGUGAUCACAACGAGGAUAUCCAUCUGUCUUGUGGUUGUAUAUCAGAUAAGUACGAGUUCUACACUCUAGGAUCAGAUGGGCAGAAGAGUGCUGACGGCAGUGGACUCCUCAUAGCUAAAGAGAAAGUCUCUGGCGAAGAUAAGGGUAAAGAAGGCACAGUGUGCGACGACAGCUUUGCGGAAGCAGCAGCCAACACAAUCUGCAAACAAAUGGGAUUCAGCUGCUCUGUAUUCUACGAGUCAGCUGGGGAAACACCAGACGAGCCGUGGCCAGCGGUGCAAGCUAACUUCUCAGUGGUACUGGACAAUGUGGAGUGUACGGAGGGUCUGUCCGGAGAGGGACACUGUAGUUACUCUAUAGAGCCCAACUGUAAACACAGCGAGGAUAUAUUCCUGCACUGCGGGACUGAAGAUCAGUGUUCUCGAGCUGCCUUCUCCUUCUUCACGGUUGAUAGGAAUGGAGAGAAAACUAACAAUGGAUCAGGGCUGCUCAUAGCUGCUAGAUCUUUCCAUGAAGCGGCGGCUGGAACAGUAUGUGAUGACAAUUUCAACAGCAUCUCCGCUACUCUGAUCUGUAAGGAGAUGGGCUACGAAUGCAGUGUAGGCUGGCAUGCGGGAGCUAACUGGGACCAACAGAACCUUUAUGAUAUUGCACUUGAUAAUAUCCUGUGUGGCAGCGCCAACAGAACGUUUGCGGACUGUAAGUACGAUACCCAACACAACUGUGGCCACUCUGAGGACAUAUUCUUGUCGUGUGCGUAUGACUGCACUUACAACUUUUAUCUUGUGGAUGAUGCUGGUGCAAAGACUACAACUGGAACUGGACUGCUUGUCGCUUCAAGAAGUCUCACUCAUGAGAACGGUACAGUGUGUGACGACAGCUUCACUGAUAUCUCCGCUUCUGUUAUCUGUAAAGAGAUGGGAUUCGCUUGCUCUGCCUACUGGAAUGCUGGGGGGGAAACAGAAUUACAAACGAGUAUGAACAUGACUAUAAUGUUGGACAAUGUGAAGUGUGUCGACGAUACCCUCAACUUUCUAAACUGCAGUUUCAGCUCGGGUGGACACAACUGCAACCACAGAGAGGACGUGCACCUCGUUUGUUCUGAGAAUUGCGAGAAGGAGACAAUAUCGUUUUCUUUGGCAAACAGUGCAGGAGAGGACGCAACAGAAACCGGGUCAGGACUACUGCUUGCUUCCAGAGACAUAGCAGACUCUAUUCAAGUGAAAGGGACAGUGUGUGAUGAUGAGUUCUCCCUUAUAGCGGGUAAUGUGAUUUGUAAGGCGAUGAACUUCGAUUGCGCUCAGUCCUUCCACAGCGGUGAACAAUGGGAGGAGUUACAGGGAGGAUUUAACAUAGUCCUAGAUAACGUAAUCUGUAGUAACGGGGAGAACUUGACCUUCGCUGAGAACUGCACUUACAGUGUCAGUCACAAUUGUGGCCACUCUGAGGAUGUGUUUCUUACCUGCGCCAGCGGAGAUGAUUGCUCCAUCACUAAAGCUACGAAGUUUUCUCUCGUUACAAGCACCGGAGCACCAUCCACAUCAGGAUCAGGGCUUCUCAUAGCAACUACUGUACAAACCACUGGAACAGUGUGUGAUGAUAGGUGGUCUGAUGUAAGCGCGGCAGCAGUAUGCUCCGAGAUGGGCUACCCGUGCGCGCUGUCCUGGACCUCCGGUGACUCCUCGUGGGAGAUCCAGAACAGUUACACCAUAGCCAUGGACAACCUGUACUGCGAGUCAGAUAACUUUACCACGUGCACAUUUGAUCUGGCGCACAACUGCGGUCAUACGGAGGACGUGUUCCUGACAUGUUCCCACAAGUGUUUGACUAGCGGGGCGGUGAUCAGUGCCCAACUUGUGGAUAAUGAGGGAAUGCUCUCUACUACUGGCCAGGGUCUACUUCUGGUCACUUCCAAAGGCGACGACAUAGCAGAUACAGUUUGUAACAAAGGGUUCGAAAUGGUGGACGGGAUGGCGUUCUGCAGAACAAUGGGAUACUCAUGUGCACUAGCAGUAAGUAGCGCUGAGCAAGAUGCCACUGAUCCGUGGGCUAUACAGAGCACAUACGACAUCAUGAUGUCUGAUGUGGAGUGCCAAGAGGGGGCCAAAAACCUUACUGCAUGUAACUACAACUUGGUCCACGACUGUGACCAUAUUAACGACGUAUACCUGACAUGUGGCGGAGUACAGAAUAUAGCACGUGUAGGGGUGGCUAGUCAGAGUGGCACUCAUUUAGAUGCAGGAGCUUGGAAAGCUAUAGACGGCAACACUCUCGGCAGCUACUUUACAGACGAUUCCACGACGCACACAGUCCUGAACGAUCCUACAGGUCACGUGUGGAGGGUAACCUGGGACAGAGAGUACACCGUAGGCUCCAUAGUGAUCUACAACAGGGCAGACUGUUGUCAGGAGAGACUUAUUGGAGCUACAAUACACGCUAACGGACAGGUCAUCGGCACAGUUAGCAUGGCAGGGGGAGGAGACAUGUCUAAGUUCGAGUUUACCGGUUUGAACCUGGUAACUAACCAGGUGGAGAUAGUGGGAGGGACUGAGGGGGCUGCUUUAGAGGCGCUGUCUCUUGCGGAGGUGGAGGUGUUCCUCAGGGAGACCAGCUCAACUACAAAGUGUGUUCCCACCUUCUCUCUAAUGAACGAGAACGGAACAGCUUCAACCACUGGUCACGGUCUACUGGUGGCACACAGUCCUGGAUACACUGACUCAGAGACUGGUGCUGGCACUGUGUGUGAUGACCUCUUCUCAGACGAGAGUGCUAAUGUUGUUUGCAAGACCAUGGGUUACCAAUGCUCUUCUUCUUGGAGUCAUGGCGACAGGUGGAGUAUACAAGCUACGCUAGAUGUGAUACUAGACGACGUACAAUGUCCCUCCAACACCUCCCCUUUCACCAACUGCACCUACGUCACCGACAACCACAACUGCGCGCACACGGAGGAUGUGUUCCUGACGUGUGAUAACGGUCUCAUCCCUCUGGGAUGCUGGUUAGAUACAGGAUUUGCAGGGCAGGGAGCCGCUAUUCCCAGUUUAGAGGGUGGCAACCCUGUAUCAGACGAACAUUGGACUGCUAGAGAGGAUCCUAUAUCAGUUUGCAAACUGGCUGCUGAGUCUAAAGGCUGGACGGUGUUUGCUGUGCAAGCAGGAGGCUGGUGUUCCAGCUCAUUAAACGCAGGGGACUCCUACGACAUGUACGGAAUUUCUACUGACUGUAAUGAUAACGGGACAGGGGGACCCUGGGCUAACAGUGUCUACAAUAUAACAGAGUCAGGGCUACAGUUACUGGGUUGCUAUAGAGACACUGCGUCACGUGCUAUACCGUCUCUAGAACACGAGGGUCAGCAUCCCAUGCUAGACGGGGAACCUUACUACAGAGAGAAUCCUGUGGAGAAGUGCAGACAGGCUGCUAAAGCUAGUGGUUUCGAAUUUUUCGCGGUACAAGCUGGUGGAUACUGUAUGAGUUCAGCUCAGGCAGGUACCAUGUACAAAGUUAAUGGUAAGAGUGAUCUGUGCACAGGCGAUGGGCAGGGAGGACAUCUUGCUAACGACGUCUAUCAAAUCAGAGAUAACGCGUGUUCAGUGGUUAAUAAGGACUACAAGUUCUACUUUGUAGACGAGAAGGGAGCCAGGGCCAUUAACUCAGGCCUCCUUAUUGCUGAGGGAAAGUCAGGCCCUGGGGAGUUACCAGGCACAGUGUGUGAUGAUAUGUUUAACGACACAUCAGCUACUGUUAUUUGCAAAGAGAUGGGCUUCACUUGUUCUACCGGGUGGAGUAGAAAGUUCUGGGAGGUGAUACAGAAACAGUACCCCAUAGUACUGGACGACGUGCAGUGUGGGGCUGAUAACAUCUCCUUUAGUGACUGUACCUUUAAAACAUCCAGCAACUGCGGCCAUAACGAGGACAUCUUCUUAGGAUGCGAUAGCGAGUGUUUGCCUGCUAAGUAUGUAUUUAAGUUAGUGGACGCCGAGACGGGUCAGACAGCAGCUGCAGGUGGUAAAGGACUGCUAAUAGCUGCCAAGAAUGGGACAGACACGAGAGGGACAGUGUGUGACGACGAGUUUAACGAAACAGCAGCCACCCUGAUCUGCCAGGCUAUGGGCUACGUGUGUGCUAAAGGUCACUACUUACAACGACCCAGCACCACACUUCAGGGCACUCUGGAUAUCGUGCUAGAUAAUAUCAAGUGUAGUAAUACUACCACUUCCUUUGAUGAGUGUCCCUAUGUUACGGGUCAUAAUUGUGUACAUAGUGAAGAUGUCUUCUUGACUUGCAAGCACACUCUGGAAGAAUGUGAAGCUAAGGAGUUGUACACGUUCCACCUAGUUGACAGGCAGUUACAAGACGUUACUGCAUCCGGGUCUGGACUACUAAUGGCUAAUAGAACCGAGGAGGGCAAGACAGGGACAGUUUGUGACGACAGAUUUAACGAAACCUCCGCUAAAAUUAUCUGUAACGAAAUGGGCUUCAACUGUGCCACCGCUUUCUUCAACGCAGCUAGCUACAAAGGGGUACAAGAGAACGAAACAAUAGUGCUAGAUAACGUGGAGUGUGGGGAGGCAGCAGAGAGGUUCACUGACUGUUCCUACCAGUUCCACCAUGACUGCACACAUAAUGAGGACGUCUUCUUGAUCUGUCAGCAGGAAUGCAAGGGUAAACCGUUUGCUUUCAACCUGGUAGACGACCAAGGUCACCAGACUACAGCUGGAGAGGGGCUACUUUUAGUGCACACUCUCAAAUCUAUUGAGGUACGGGAUGGUGCAACUAGUGGUACAGUUUGUGGGGACAAUUUCAACCAGGAAGCAGCAGCGGUAAUCUGUAAACAAAUGGGACACGACCAUGCGACCAGCUGGAAUACUAGAGAUCACAAGGGUAUUCAGAUGAUGUACCCAGCUAUCAUGAACAAUGUGAGCUGCACAAACACAGACCAAGCGUUCGGAGACUGCAGCUACGCGUUUGACCACGAGUGUACGGCAGACGUGUACCUGGUGUGUCAGGCCAAGGAGACCCUAGUCAGCAUGUGCCCAGCAGGUAGUCACUACGAGGAUAAUACGUGCCAGCCCUGCGCACACAACACUUACAAAGCUCUCUAUAACGGGGACCCCUGUGUGAGGUGCCCGCCUGGGAGCGUCAGCGGGCCUGGCAGCUCCAGCUGCACGGUGUGUCCUGAAACCAGUGUGCAUGUGGGGAAUAACUGGCAUUGUACCUGCGCUGAAGGAACCUACUUCAACAUGAACAAUGGGAAGUGUGAGACUUGUGCUCCUAACACUUACAUCGCAAAGACUUUAAACUCCUCCUGCAUAACUUGUCCAGCCGGCAGCACUUCCGCGCAAGGAGCAACUUCCUGCACGUGCAGCCCAGGUAGCGUGUGGACCACACUGUUCGAUUUAGGCACGUGCAAGGAGUGUGGCGCAAACAGUUACAGCUCAACUGGCGGUACCUGUGAGAAGUGUCUUGAUGGUCCCAUCCUUGAAGACAAGUCGGGUUGUAAGUGCGGGUCUGGACGUUUCUGGAAUAGCGCUGAUAAUGCAUGUGCUGUGUGCCCAGCGAACAGUGUUAGUGUGUCGGGCGCUAAAGAGUGCACUCAGUGCCCUCAGUAUACUAUAGCUAGUUCAGAAACUAAGUGUUCCUUCUGUGAGGAAGGAAAACACUGGGUGGACUACCAGUGUCUGGAUUGCCCUGAGGGCUCAGUAGGUAAUAAAAUAGAUUGUCUUAAAGUGGGCUCAGCGGAUAACCAGGGAGACACACACGCCGUUAAAGCUGGAGCUGCCGGUAAUGCCUGGUUGUGGCCGGUCAUAGUGGCGGUGGUUCUAGCAAUAGCGUGUGUGGUUCUGGUGUUUUGGGUGAUCAACCUCCGGAACAAGGUGAAACGCAACACUGUGUCCUACGGGACGGACAUCCUCGAGGAGGCUGAGUUUAUGGAGAUGUCUUACGAGCCGCGCAUCACGGACCUUAGUUCAGCUGAUAACGUGCAGUUACUUCCUGCUGAUGAUUAAGUAGACUUACUAUAGACUUACUGUGGUGAUGUUUGUUGCUAUAGUGAUAUUUGUUGCUAUAGUGAUACUUGCACCUAUGGUGGAUACAUAAUAUUUGUUGCUAUAGUGACUUAAAUUGUUGCUUUAAUUAAUAUUCAAGUCACUAUUGUGGCUUCGUUUGUUUUCAUGGUGAAAAGGUCGCUAUAGUUCGGAUAGUAACUGGACUAUUUGAAAAUAUUUUCAUCCAAUCAGAUGGUUGCCAUGGUUACCAACUACCAAUCAGAUAACCCCAACCCGAGAUGUUAGAUCUAAUUCAGAUCUAAAUUUAGAGCUGAAUAUUGUAAAGAAAAUAUCUUUUUACCAAGAGAUUCAUAGAAUUUAUAAUUGUAAUUGUAAGAAUUUACUGUUACUGUUGAAAUCGAAGGAAACUUUAGGGAAUUGGACAUUGGUUAUUUAGAUUUCAAGACAGUGACAAAUUUAUAUGUAAUACGAAUGAGUGACCAGAACAGAGAGAGAGAGAGAGUGACCCAUAUUAUUACUAUGCAGAUAAUUUAUUCAAACAGUAUUAAACAUAUUAAGAUAUUGCAUGUGUCACAAGUAAAUUUAAACUUUAGAGCACAAUCUUUUUAAGUUUUUACAUGAAAUAUAAGAAGACAUGAAACCAGGGACUUUAGAUUUCAUUGAUAUUUCCGAAUUAUUAUGACAGCGUUUUUAACAAUUUGAUUCAAUAUUUUUACUUAUAAUUUUAUACCAGGCAAGUAGAAAUAUAUCUAGUAUAGUUAUAAAAUCUUUAGCUGGACUCUUUUACUGAUUUCCAUAUAAGGUAAUGUUACCAUGGACAUUGUAACACUACCAUAUAAGGUAAUGUCUAGAAGAUAUUGAUUAUCCCUUUCAAUGUAAAUACUUAACAUUACAUUCCCGUUUUUGAUUAAACUUAGAAUUAGUUUUCAGAUUUUGUUUCUUAAACUUUUGAUUUCUGAGUUUAUAAAUAAGAAUAUAAUUUUCGACAGUUGCAAAUUUUA